AGAAACGAAUUCAGUUGCUCGCGACAAACGAAAGGAAGCUAACGAAGCGCCGUGCCAAGCGGAGUGCCAAGCUGAGUCAGCUAGUUAGCAGAGCAGUUAUAGUGUUCUAAAAGAAAUUCAUGUGCGGUGGGCAAAAACAAAAAAAAAAAAAACAUACAGAUUGUUGUAACAUGCAACAACAAUAAUAGAAAUGUAUUAGCAACACUAGCGAAAAUAAGUGUGAUUUAAGCAAACAACAAGUUAUGAAAGCGCUGAAAAGGCAACAACAACAGCAAAAAAUAAAUAAGCAAAAAUAAAAACCAAGCAAAAAAUAACAACAACAAGAAAAAAGUAAAACAGCAAAUAAACUACUAAAUAAUACCAACAAUAACAACAAAUAAAAUAGUAAAAAAUAUUACAACAACAAAUAAGCAAGUAGAAAAUAUUAGUAAUUUGGCAAGUGAAAGCAACAACAACAACGAGAACAACAUAGGUGCAGUAAAGCUAAGUUACGUUGUCAAACAAUAUGGAACUUGUUUCAAAAUCAAAUAUGAGCGUCUUAGAGGAUCGUUCGACAAAAAGCAUGGAAAAAUUAAAAAUGUUGGAUAUAACACGAGAUCGUCCAGUUAAAGUGGCGGUAAAGGUAGCGGUACCGGUGCGAGAUCAUCCGAAGUUCAAUUUCGUUGGUAAACUCUUGGGCCCUAAGGGCAAUUCUAUGAAACGUCUACAGGAGGAGACAAUGUGUAAAAUGGCGGUAUUAGGUCGCGGUUCGAUGCGUGAUCGCAAAAAGGAGGAGGAAUUGCGUGCCAGUGGCGACAGUCGUUAUGCUCACCUCUUCGAGGAUCUACAUGUAGAGAUCUCCACAUUUGCAGCGCCCGCCGAAGCGCACGCACGCAUAGCAUAUGCGUUGGCCGAAGUGCGAAGGUUUUUGGUGCCGGACUAUCACGACGACAUACGACAGGAGCAAAUGUGGGAAAUGCAAGCGCUGAGUUCCUCUACUUCGCUGACCUACACCGACGAUCAGCACAGUCCCAAUCGUGGUGGGGUCACCGACAUGGAUACAUCGAAUGAUGAAAAGCUCGAGUUGGAACCGAAUGGCAUGGAAUGCAAUACACUGGAUAAGAACGAAGCACAACAGGUAAGUUUAAGCAGCGAACAGCAACAACAGUUGCACCAACACCAACAGCAACAACAACAACAACAACGCAACUUACAUCAUUUACUACACCAACCACCACCACCAACGUCGACACGUGGUGGCCCCAAUACCACAGUCGCCGCAGUAGCAACUCAUCAUCACACCAAUCUCUUGCCGACUAAUACAGAUGGUCUGUGUCAGAAAGUGAGUGCCGUCAGCAACACAGCAACAGCAAUGAAUUCCUUCCCACUAGUACACCCAGCAGCAGCAGCCAUGUCGGUUGCCUUGCAACACCAAUUGACCGCAGCCAGUAUUGGUAAUAUAUUGAAGCCGGCCGCACCGACGGCAGCUGGUGUGCCGCCUACAGUGACUGAUUUGCAUACGGCAACGCAACAGCCCAACACAGCCGGCGGCUUAACAUUGCCAACGGAGGCUGAAACGCCCAUGGCAGCCACAUUGGGUUUGCUGGAACCACCCACGGGCGCGUUGCUGCAUCCGGCGUUGCGCAGCGUGAAGGCAAUCAAUAUUGCGGGUGGCUUGGCACGCAAGCGACCACUAUUGGGUGUGCCACGCUCUAGCAUGAAUCCAACUAAACGCACUGUAAUGACUUUACUAGCCAGAGCUAAAAAUUCGCAAGCUUUGCAUGCGGUACGAAAUCCAAUUGCAGCAGCCACGGCGGCACGUUUUGCUGAUCCCUUACAGAUGCUAACCUCCCCAUUUAUAUUAUCAUCACAACCCAUGGACCAAUCGAUGCUAACAUUUCCAAAGGAAAGUCUCGCACAAGGAGUCUAAGUCUCCUCAUACACACAAAAAGACAAGAGUAAUGUUUACAAAUGCCCAAAAUUGCCAAAGAAAUAUUGAGAAUUGAAUUUGUCGGUUAGCAGUGGCAAGAAAUCAUGAAAAUUUGGAGUUGAUCUGGUAAGGUAAAUUUAAAAAAUUAUAUUUAUUGUAAUAGGAUGUGUGUUCAAAAAAUAACGGGAAUUGUAAAAUUUAAAAUUUCAUGUAUUUGGAGAGCGCAAAAUUUCUUUUCAUUUUUCAUUAUAUUGACAUAGUACAUAUCCUUGAAGUACGCUAAAAUUUUUACCGAUAUUCGUUGAUAUUUUUAUGAGCGUUUAUUAAAAACUCAUAACUUCGUUGCUUGUUCGCGAAUAAUUGACGAAAUACAAUACUGUAACAAUGCCCCAGUCCAAUGGCUCUGUGCUACUUUUUUCUAUUUCCAAAAAUACAGAGAACCUUAAAGGGCCGUCGUUUUACAAGCAUACGAGAAAUCGCGGAAUGCUGGGAAGACUAUCCCAAAAAUCGAGUUUGAGUAGAGUUUCAACAAUUGAAAGAAGGGCAUAAUAUGGAAUGAGGACUAUUUAAAAAAAUAAUAACGAAAAUUCCCGUUAUUUUUUUAACACACCUCGUAGUUCAAUUCCAUAUUUUUGACAAACUCCUUAGAAUUUUUGCUCUAUUUUAUUAUAUCAACACCCUCGUUUGCUCAGUGUCGUUAUUAUCAAUUUUUUAAUCUUAUAUUUUUUUUUAAUUUUGAUUAUUACUUUUAUAAUUUAAUUAUGACAAGUUUUAUUUUAACUUUUUUUUUUAACUUUUUUUAUUAAAUAUUUUGUAUCACCAUAUUAUUCUAAAUUUUAACAAAAAAAAUUAGGGAGUAAAGUAUUUAACACACAACUAAUUUACAUUUUUCCAACAACAAUUUCAGUUUUACUACGAUAUUUUGCGCAAGCACAAUAAACCUCCCGUGAAUAAUAAAAAAAUCAUAUUCAUAUAAUUUUCAAGCGGUUGCUAAUAGCUAGCUACCUAUAAUAGUUGUUUUUGUUUCUGUAUUGUCAGUGCUCCUGUUCUAUUAAAUUAAUAACGGCACUUAAUACGUUCACUACGUACAUCAUACAUACAUUUCAGUAAAACAACAACAAAACAUUGCAAUAAAACUAAUUUUAUGAUUAUUAAAUAAUACAUAGGCAACAACAACAUUCAAGUCAAUGUAAAUUACACAGAAAAAUAAAUAAUAAUUAAUGUUAAUUAAUUAAACCCGAAAUGAAACAUUAAAUAAUUUAAUAUGUAUAUGUCUGUAUAUUGUUGCAAGUGAAGCGCUUUAAAGAAUAAACUAAGAGGAAAUGAAGCGAAUAAAACAAUGGAAUCAAAAUGUUUUUAAAUGUGAACACAUUAAAUCAGCAAUUAAACAAUUAAUUAAAAUUUCAAAAAUAAAUAAAUGCAAAAACACGAAAUUAAUGAAAUUAAAUUAAUUAAAUGUUAGCAGCGAUACUAAAUGCAUUUUAAGUAACUAAUUCAAGAAAACAAAGAACAGCAAAAAAUAUAUACAUAUAUAUUAAAAAAUAAAAAAUAAAAAAACGGAAACAAAUUAAGCAUAUAUACUUAUAAAGCAAUUACGAAUAAUUAACUGUUGUACCACAAAUAUUGAUUACUGCAUGUUUCAAUGUGAAAAGCUAACAGGUGUUGAAUUUUAAAAACAAAAACAAAACAUGGUUUGGUUAAUAAAAACGGCAAUACAAAGUAAAAAAACAAAAACGUUAAAAUAAAAGCAACAAAUAAAUGGUUUGGCUGAGGUUUAUCGACUAAUUGUUCCGCAACAAAAUAAAAAAGAAAAUAUUGCAAGCAAACGAGAAG